AUGGCCACACAUAACCAAAUCAGCGACCAGUGUCAAUGGUCAUAUCCAGAGGUAUUCACCACACAGGCCGUGGAAGAACCGACCGCCGAACCCGCUUCAUAUCAUCUUCACUCUACGUUGACUAUCAUGGCUUCGAAUUUUGAUCCCUGGAAUCAGACUAUUACCUUCCGUCUCGAGGACGGGACUCCAUUCGAUAUCAGUGUUGACUAUCUCGAUGGGAUUCUCCAGUAUUCUAUUCGAGCCUGUGUCAACUAUGCUGCGCAGCUCGGAGCGUCUGUUAUCCUCUUCGUCAUACUGGUUCUUCUAACUAGAGCCGAAAAACGUGCUUCUUGCUUAUUCUGGCUUAACAGCCUAGCACUACUCCUUAACUUUGCCAGACUGCUAUGUGACGUGCUCUUCUUUACGGGCAACUUCGUAAGAAUUUACACGCUCAUCUCCGCAGACGAAUCCCGGGUCACCGCGUCCGAUCUUGCAACCUCCAUCGUGGGUGCUAUAAUGACAGCUCUACUCUUGACAACGAUCGAGAUCUCGCUAGUCCUUCAAGUACAAGUUGUCUGUUCAAAUCUCAGACGUAUCUACCGACGAGCUCUUCUUUGUGUAUCAGCUGUUGUUGCAACGGCAACCAUCGCCAUUCGAUACUCGCUGUUGGCCGUGAACAUACGGGCCAUUCUCGAAUUCAGCGACCCGACGACCUACAACUGGCUGGAAAGCUUAGCCACCGUGGCCCUCACUAUAAGCAUCUGCUAUUUCUGCGUAAUCUUCGUGACCAAGCUCGGAUUUGCCAUUCGACUGCGCCGCAAACUCGGUUUGAGCGAGCUCGGCCCGAUGAAAGUUGUCUUCAUUAUGGGCUGCCAGACCCUGGUCAUUCCAGGAAAACGAACACUCAGCUCAUUAAUUCCACCAGUCAUUGUCUCGAUCACCCACUACGUUAGCGAUGUCCCAGAGCUCCAAACUAACGUCUUGACCAUCGUUGCCCUCUCCCUCCCGCUUUCCUCUAUCUGGGCUGGCACAACUAUCGACAAACCCGUAACCCACUCAAACGUUCGCAAUCUGUGGCAGAUUCUCUCUUUCUCAGGAUACAGGCCUAAGCAGUCGACCUACAUUGCCACGACAACCACGGCCACAACCAACGCGAAGCAAUGCACCCACUGCUAUUCCGAGUCGCGGCUGUUGACGGAGAAGGAAAGCGGGAGAAACAAUGACACAUCUUCAAAGUCUUCGUCGCAGUAUGGGAUUGCCGUUGAACAUGACAUCUCGGUUCGCAGUGCGAGAAGGGAAUCUUUUGACGUCUGA